AUGCAGCGGCUGCGGUCUCGGUCCGGGUCUUCGUCACCCAAUGGCCGUCGCCGCAACAGGGGUCGAGACGGCAACCACGCCAGGGGGCCAUUGCAGGCCGAGCAGCCCACUUUGCCGUUAGGUUACCAAAUCAUGACCCAGAUGAGGAUCCGGAUCUCGGCUUGCCCUCGUGACGCCGAAAUCAAUACGAUAUACUCUGUACUGGCGUGUCACGAACUGAUUGCCGGUUUUCGUUCCCCCUCACCGCGGCACCUCGACAUAGACUUAAGAGCGGCGGAAGAUCAAGCCCUGUACGGGGCGGAGAAAGACAGCCACUUGGUGGCGAAAGGUUCGGCAAUACAGGCAGCAGUGGUGGUGACGGCCGCGCGGAACGGAUCGACGUGGACGACGCGGAACGUACCGUCGUCCGAGGACAGGGAAGCGCUCGCUGGCGGUCCAACUCCGAAUCGGGAAAGGAAAGAAGUUGACCAAGGGUUCGUCGGAGGCGAGGAACUUGAAUCCGAUGGGAUCGCCGUCCCUGAGACCGACUUAGAGUUGGACGGGACCACGAACGUCCCGCAACGACCCGAUUCCGGAUGUCAUGAAAUCGACCAAGAGGGAGGUGUGGAAGCGCACCCAGGACAGGAUGAUAGCCUCCCUUCGCCCCUCAAGGAAGGAGGAGAGGGUUGCAACGGCAUCGGACGAAGCAGUGCCGGGCUGGUCACUGGAGGAUUGGAUCCUCAACUGCCGAAUCAGCAGCAGAGUCCUACAAAAAGUGACGAGGAACACUUCGCUCAACAAGCCGAUGACUUGGAGAGAGGCGGAGGAGGAGGAGGAAAAGCAGGGUCUGUUAACCAACCACAUAUCCAAGAUGCUCGUCGCCACCAGGACGAAUCAGCGCAAGAGGGGUCCGACCCGACCGACUGCCUGGUGAAUCAGCACUGCGGCAAGGGAGCGGCGGAAGACGCUACCGACGCUGCUCAGGAAGAGGUUGAAUCGGUAAGCAAGCAGACGGACACCAUUUCUUCGACCUCCACGAUGGUUCAUGAACUUGAUCGCCCCGGUUCCAGAGAAGAGGAGGGGUCGCGCUUUGCCUUUACGCAAGACGAAGGGGAUAUGAACAGGGGGGAUACGAGGUGCAGCAAAACGUCAGCCCUUCCUCCCGCCACGGCGACAACGAAGCUUCAACGGCAUCCGCAAGCUGGCACGUGUGUGGGUCCCCCGACUGGUAGCAGUCCACUAUUUCGCGAUCCGGCGGGAGGGUUGGACAGGUCUCAGAAAGACUCCAAGGGAGGUUCAACCAGAAGCGCCGCACGCUACGCUACUCCGACUAGCACUGACAGGGGAAUAAUCAGAAGUCGAGGAUGCUAUGGAAACUACGACGGUGGCCGCUCGGGUGGAGUAAAUCAGAGGUCUUGCGAACGUACGGCCCGGACCUCGAAAGGUUCCGAAUCGGGUACCAAGAAGAAAGUGGCCGAGGCGCGAAGGGGCACCAAACGCCGAAGCACCGCCGACGUUACUCUCGAGCAGGUCAUCGACCACCACAUGGCGCGCCGCCGUUUGGAUGGUGCAGCAAACGGUCUUGACGGGUCCCGAGCGGGACCCCACUCACGUAUCGGGAACACCUCCUCCCAUAGUACGGGAGCAGGUACCGAUCGUCUCCGAGGCGAGAACCCACGUUCGAACGGGAAGCGGCCGUCGCCGUGCUCUGUUUCGGACGGUGCCACCCUUGUGGUGGCCGCCUGGUCAAGCGGGUGUAUCUUACCCCUCACGGAAGCGGCAGCGCCUCACAUGCGCCUGGUCGCGCCUCUGUUGGCCGGCGAACCCGAAGGACGACGAGUCGUCCUUCGUACGGCUGCCGCCGUCGCCACCGGUGCCGCGAAAUUGGCGCUGCCUCAACACCGCGUGGAGGUGACGGGAGUGUGGCAAAAUGGACUAUUGUUAGAACUGUGCCCGGCUCCACUCGUCGAAAGAGAGGAGGGAGAAGCUCCCGCGCCAUUGUCAGCACUUGCCGGUCGGCUACAGGCUGCUUUUGAUGAGAUAGUGGCGGUUGACCUCGAGUUCGACACGGUGCGGCUUUGCCACAGGGAGGCUUUGGAGAAGCUGGACAUCGGCUCGUCUUCGGAGGAGCUCCUCAAAUGGUGCAAUGAAGUCGACCAAGUACCCGGGAGCGGUGGCGAUUCUCUUGACCUGGUUGAGUUGAGAAAGGCGCUCGCGUGCCCGGACGGGUCGCCGUUCAUCGGCAUCAAACACGGGCAAUGGCCCUUGUUGCCCAGGACAGGUGUACUGGGGUGCUUCAGCGUGAGUAUUCACCCCAUGGUGCUCCCUCCGCCGGGGUCGACAAGAGGAGAAGGUUGCGCCCGCCAAGAACCUGCCGACUACCUCGCCUUGAGCUUCUCCGACUCGGCCGUAUUCAACACCAGCGGCUCGCCACGUGUUCUUCGUGGUGACGUUUAUCAGUCCAUCGGAUCUAGCGGCAGAUACACAGGUACCAGCUCACAAGGAUCAGCAUGCAACGCCAUCGGGUCCGACGCGGCCAUCACCGAUCUUUCACGGCUUAGCGGUAGUGCUCGACUCGAGUGCGUGUCGCCCACGUGUACUGCAGACAGUUCGACAUGGAGGGAUAUCACCGGUUUGAGGUGCGUAGCGGCGGUGAACAGGCUAGCCCUCGGCUCGCCGACGGACCUCGAGGGCGAGCUACUUCUAGCCGAAGGCUUGCACACAGACCAGUUGGUGAUCCUUGCGGGGCGUCAAGGAGCGUCAGCGGACGCGGUCGCCUCGCGCCUCUGUGUCGAGCUCGCUAUCAAGGGCAAGAGUCCGGCGGUGGUAAACACUCAGAACUACCGUUGUCCGGAGGCACCAGAGGCUCGCGCUGAAGCAUACAUGGGUCAGAGUCAACACCACGCCAGUUCCUCAGCAUCUGUGUCGAACCAGCAACUAGACUCGAGAGCGUUGGGCAGGGUUGUGGCUGCCCUUCUCGGGAAGGAUAAAGACGGGGGUGGUUUUCCCAGUGGGAAUAACAACAGUGGUGGGGCAGUAUCGGACGGAAACGCUGUUGCGGGGGCGAGGGCGACCUCGCGGGGGUGGCACGACAUUGUGGUCGUUCAUGGCUGCAGUGCUUUAGAUGCUGAGCUUCUGUCAAUGGAGGAUAUCGGUCUCCGCCCGGCGAAAGCUAUCAAAGUGUUUGUCGAUGUCGUGCCUCAGGUCAGUGUUGACAACGUGACCCCCGUCAACGGUGCCGACGUUCGGAUGUUAAGAGCCCUCCUCGCCGCAGGGGGAGGGUUUGCAAAGGCGGUGCAGGCAGAGGUUUUGGCCAACGCCGGCAGCGUCCGGAAUAUCGCCGAACGCUCGAACUUCGACGUAGCUAGCUUUCUCGAAGAAUGGCAUGUGACCGAGGAAAGAGAGCAGGGCCUCUGGUGGUCUUUCCAGGCAGCGGCGGAUGUCCAUAUGAACACAGCGCUUCCUUACGACCUGAACGUGCUUAAGCCACUAGUGGAGCCUCUUCUACGGUCUGUUCCUCCCCCGAUUGAGGGCAGCGAUGGCGGCGACGGAUGCCGUAGCUCAGCCUACGCCCUGUCGCGUUCGGUGCUACACAUGCUUCAGCUAUGUGAGGCUCUGCACGCUCAGUUGCCGGGGACAUCUGUACUCCACGAACUGAUCCGCCCCCGGCCCUCAUAG